ACAAGUGGAAUACAUAUUUCUUGUUAUUUUCACCAUCGAGACCUUCACAAAGAUCCUGGCCUAUGGUCUGGUCAUGCACCCCAGCGCCUACAUUCGCAGCGGCUGGAACUUGCUGGAUUUUGUCAUCGUCAUUGUGGGGCUGUUCAGUGUGGUAGCAGAAAUGGGGGAAGAGCAUAAACCUGGUGAUGCUCAUCAUGCAGCAGGUAAACCUGGAGGUCUGGAUGUUAAAGCCCUCCGAGCCUUCAGAGUACUGCGGCCGCUCCGCCUGGUCUCUGGUGUGCCCAGUCUACAGAUUGUGUUGAACUCCAUUAUGAAGGCUAUGGUACCCCUGCUCCACAUUGGUCUGCUGGUCAUGUUUGUCAUCAUCAUUUACGCCAUCAUCGGGUUGGAGCUGUUCAUUGGCAGGAUGCACAAAACCUGCUUCUACGUGGGCACAGAGUUGUAUGUGGACGAUGACCCAACGCCAUGUGCGUUUGCGGGAAAUGGACGCUUCUGUGUGGGAAACAACACUGAUUGCAGAGGAGGCUGGGAAGGUCCUAACGGAGGCAUCACCAACUUCGACAACAUCUUCUUCGCCAUGCUCACUGUCUUCCAGUGCAUCACUAUGGAGGGCUGGACUGAUGUGCUAUACUGGAUGAACGACGCCAUUGGUUUUGAGCUGCCCUGGAUUUAUUUUGUGUCCCUGGUCAUCUUCGGCUCCUUCUUUGUCCUGAACCUCGUAUUGGGUGUGCUGAGCGGUGAGUUCUCUAAGGAAAGAGAGAAGGCUGUGUGUCGUGGGGAGCUGCAGAAGGCUCAGGAGAAGCAGCAGAUGGAGCAGGACAUGGUGGGCUACAUGGAUUGGCUCAUUGAGGCUGAGGAUAUGGAUGAAGAUGGCAAUAAACGUGCUGUGGUGGCGAAGAAAAAGAUGAUGAAGAAAUAUGGCUGGUACAAACACAGUGAAGAUGGAGAAUCGGAUUCCGACUCAGAGUUUGAGGCUUUCCUGGAUGAUGACAAUGGCUGCUGCGCCUCCAUACAGGCAAAGCUGUUGGGUAUAAGUUUCUGUGAGCAGCUAUACCAUCUGAACCUGGUGAUGAGGAAGAACUGCAGGGUGGCGGUGAAGUCCAGCAACUUCUACUGGCUGGUGCUGCUGCUGGUGUUCCUCAACACGACUGCGAGCGCCUCCGAGCAUUACGGCCAGCCGCAGUGGCUCACUGACAUACAGGAACGAGCCAACAAGAUCCUGCUGGCCUUGUUCACAAUGGAGAUGCUGAUGAAGCUGUACAGCUUCGGCUUCCAGGUUUACUUCAUAGCUCUGUUUAAUCGCUUCGACUGCUUUGUGGUCUGUGGUGGGAUUCUCGAGACCGUAUUGGUGGAGAUGGACGUAAUUCCACCCAUCGGAAUCUCUGUGCUGCGCUGCGUCCGCCUGCUCCGAAUCUUCAAAGUCACUCGUCACUGGGCUGCUCUCUCAGAUCUGGUCACUUCACUGCUGAACUCGAUGAAGGCUAUCUGCUCUCUGCUACUGCUGCUCUUCCUCUUCCUCAUCAUCUUCGCUCUGCUGGGCAUGCAGCUGUUUGGAGGCAAGUUCAACUUUGACGAGACCCAGAUGAAGAGAAGCACCUUCGACACCUUUCCCUCUGCCCUGCUCACCUGCUUCCAGAUUUUAACAGGUGAAGAUUGGAACUCAGUGAUGUAUGAUGGCAUCAUGGCGUACGGCGGGCCUGUUUUCCCCAACAUGAUUGUCUGCAUCUACUUUGUCAUUCUCUUCGUCUGUGGCAACUAUAUCCUGCUAAAUGUAUUCUUGGCUAUCGCUGUGGAUAACUUGGCAGGAAGUGGCAGCAAAAAGAAAAAAGAAGAGGUGAAAACAGAAGAUGAGGAGUGGGAGGAUGAAGAAGACAGGGAGGAAGAUGAAGCUGGAAAUGAGGCAGAUGACUGGGAGGAAAAUGAGGAGCUGAGAGCGAUUGAGGGUCUUGAGGGAAGUGUUCCAAUGAAAGUAGAAAGUUUUCAACCUAAGGAGAAAAUCAUCCCAAUUCCUGAUGGCAGCUCCUUCUUCAUCCUUGGCAAGAAAAACUGCCUUCGAGUGGCCUGCCACAACCUCAUCUACCAUCCUUACUUCACCAACUUCAUCCUCAUCUUCAUCAUCCUCAGUAGUUUCUCUCUGGCUGCAGAAGAUCCCAUCAAAACUCAUUCUGUCCGGAACGUUAUGCUGGGCUAUGCUGAUUACGUAUUCACCACUGUAUUCACCAUUGAGAUCGUACUAAAGAUGACAGUAUAUGGAGCGUUUCUUCAUCCUGGCUCUUUCUGCAGAAAUGCCUUCAAUUUACUAGAUCUUUUGGUUGUCAGUGUGUCUCUGAUAUCUUUCUUUCUGCAUUCGAGUGCUAUCUCUGUGGUGAAGAUUCUAAGAGUGCUUCGAGUGCUCAGGCCCCUGAGAGCCAUCAACCGAGCAAAAGGAUUAAAGAGUGUGAUCCAGUGUGUGUUUGUGGCUAUCCGCACCAUCGGCAACAUCCUCAUCGUCACUACUCUCCUGCAGUUCAUGUUUGCCUGUAUUGGGGUUCAGCUUUUUAAGGGCCGUUUCUAUCGGUGCACAGAUGAGGCAAAACACACACCAGAAGAGUGCAAGGGAACGUUUGUGGUGUAUAAGGACGGUGAUAUGAAUCACCCCAUGGUGAAGGAGAGGUUUUGGAUAAACAGUGAUUUUAAUUUUGAUAAUGUGCUGAUGGGCAUGCUGGCACUCUUCACCGUCUCCACGUUUGAAGGCUGGCCACAGCUUCUGUAUAAAGCUAUUGAUGCCAAUGCCAUAAACAGAGGCCCCAUCUACAACUACCGUGUGGAGAUCUCCAUCUUUUUCAUUAUCUACAUCAUCAUUAUCGCCUUCUUCAUGAUGAACAUCUUCGUGGGUUUCGUCAUCAUCACUUUCCGUGAACAGGGAGAGGCCGAAUUCAAAAACUGCGAGCUGAACAAAAAUCAAAGGCAGUGUGUGUAUUAUGCUCUGAAAGCUCAACCUAUAAAGAUCUACAUUCCCAAAAUCCCGUCACAGUUAAAGUUCUGGAGGAUCAUCAACUCCUCUCAGUUUGAGUACAUCAUGUUCGUUCUCAUUCUGCUCAACACACUCACGCUGGCUGUACAGCACUACGAGCAAUCCAAGCUGUUUAACUCCGUGAUGGACAUCUUAAACAUGAUCUUCACCACACUUUUCACCAUCGAGAUGGUCAUCAAGCUGCUUGCCCUAAGGCCAUAUCACUAUUUCAUAGAUGCCUGGAAUUCCUUUGAUGCUUUGAUAGUGGUGGGGAGUUUGGUGGACAUCAUGAUUGCAGAGUUUAGUGGUGGAGGAGGUCAUGGAGAGGGUAAGGGUGACGGAGAAAGCUCCAAAGUGUCCAUCACUUUCUUCCGUCUCUUCCGAGUCAUGCGAUUGGUGAAGCUGCUCAGCAAAGGGGAGGGCAUCCGCACUCUUCUCUGGACCUUUGUUAAAUCCUUACAGGCCUUACCUUACGUCGGCCUUCUCAUCGCAAUGAUCUUCUUCAUUUAUGGUGUGAUCGGGAUGCAGACAUUUGGGAAGAUUGCUAUUGAUGACAGCACAGAGCUUAACAGAAACAACAACUUCCAGACCUUCUUCAUGGCAGUGCUGCUGCUCUUCAGAUGUGCAACAGGAGAGCAGUGGCAGGAGAUCAUGCUGGCAGCGCUGCCGGGCCGUCGCUGUGACCCUGAGUCAGACUAUGAGCCGGGAGAGGAGUACAGCUGUGGCAGUAAUCUGGCGUACCUCUACUUCAUCAGCUUCUUCGCUCUCUGCGCCUUUCUGAUCAUUAACUUGUUCAUUGCCGUUAUCAUGGACAACUUUGAGUAUCUGACCAGAGACUGGACUGUACUGGGCACUCACCAUCUGGAUGAGUUUAAGAGAGUGUGGUCAGACUAUGACCCAGAAGCCACAGGAAGGAUAAAGCACUUGGAGGUUGUGACCAUGCUGCGCAGAAUUCAACCGCCACUGGGCUUUGGCAAACUCUGUCCCCAUCGAGUAGCCUGCAGGAGGCUGGUUGCUAUGAACGUGCCGCUUCAUCCUGAUGGCACAGUGUCCUUCAACGCUACCUUGUUCGCUCUCGUCAGGAAUUCGCUCAAGAUUAAAACUGAAGGACCAAUUGACCAGGAAAAUGAAGAGCUGAGAGUCAUUAUUAAGAAGAUCUGGAAGCGCACCAAGCCUAAGCUCUUAGAUGAAGUUAUACCUCCCCCUGCAGGAGAUGAAGUGACUGCUGGAAAGUUCUACGCCAGCUUCCUGAUCCAGGAUUACUUCAAGAAGUACCGUAAGAGGAAGGAGAAGGAGAAGAAGAAGAGAGGAAAGGACAAGUCAGCCUCGCUCCAGGCCGGGCUGCGGACCCUGCAGGAUCUGGCCCCAGAGAUGCGACUGGCCAUGGAGAUGGAGGAAGGUCAGGAGGAGGGGUAUGAGGGUGAGAUGAUGGAAGACGAGGAGUACUUUAGGAGUGACAGUGUGUUCAGCGAUGCGGCGUCAAUGUCCACCCCGGGGGGCACACCUCUCCCCAUGCACAUGGACGAUGUGAUGGUCAGCAUGGAGCCACCACCCAGAUUCCACCGUGGGACUCUGAUGCUGGAGGAGGCUCUGGAUGACUCGAGGCCGGGCUCGGCUCUCUCAGAUAAUGAGGUGGUGAUGAGGCAGCCAAUGAGGCGCUCGCCCAUGCCCAGAAGGCCUUCCAGUUCUGAGCCUCCACCUGCUACAGAAGGAGCCACGCAGGGUGCAGCAGUUGCCAGUGAAGGAGGAGCAGUUGCUGGAGGAGGAGUGGCUGGAGUAGGGGUUGUCGGAGGAGGAGAAGGAGGAGUAGUUGCUGGAGGUGUUGUCGCUGGAGGUGUAGUCGCUGGAGGAGCAGUUUCUGGAGGAGGAGUUGUUUCUGGAGGUGGAGUAGGAGUUGUCGGUGGAGGAGUAGCGCAGGUGUCAGUAGGAGAAGCACCAGUGAUGAUUGCAGCAGAACAGAGUCACAUCAAUGUGCAGGAGACUGUGAGCACAGUGCAACAUGAUAGACAAUGUUCUCGAGAGCAGACCACACCCUCUCCUGCCCCCAGUGUCGCUAAUGGCAGUGUGACCCCAGUACAGCCAGUUAAUGUGGCCCCAGCUAGCAAUGCCUCCCAGGGAAAUGGGCAACCUGUAAGCGGCUACAACGACGGGGCCGCCUACUCUGGAAAUGGCUACAACGGGGCUGCCUACCCUGGAAAUGGCUACAAUGGCACCCCUUACCCUGGAAAUGGCUACAACAGGACACCGUACCCUGGCAAUGGCUACAGUGAGAAUUCUUACCCUUCAAAUGGCUACAAUGGGAAUGGGAAUGCUUGCCAAAGCAGCAGUUACUCUGGGAACGGUUACUCCAGCAAUGGUUACAGUGCACACAGCGGUAACGGGUACAACGGCAAUGGACAGAAUAGUAAAGGCUAUCCAACUCAACGACGCCUCCUUCCUCCAACUCCAUUGGGACGGAAGCCAAAUUUUACCAUCCAGUGUUUGAGGAGACAAGACAGCAUGGAUGACAUCCCUAUUCCUGGCACUUAUCACCAGAACUCACCUCCAUGCAGAGCACAACCACAGACUCAGAACAGUUACGACUCCCGGCGCAGCAGUGUGUCCUCAGCUUCGUCAGCCUCCUGGGCAAACAGCCAGGCGAAGAAGGGCCGUCUGCUCUACGCCCCCCUCAUUCUGGUGGAUGAGGCAGGGGGCACUCAGCCCAUGUGGGGUGCAGCUGAUGGCAGCUCCAGCCUGCCAGCCUCGGCCCGAGUUGGGUGGAACACUGGCCAAGGUGUUCCUGUGCCCCAGCAGCAGCAGCGGGCAUACACCUCUCUCAGGGUGCCCUCCCAGCACAGCCCGGGCUACGUAGAAAAAGGAAGUGCUGAGAGCCUCGUGGAGUCGAUCCUGAUAUCCGAGGGCUUGGGUGUCUACGCCAAAGAUCGAAAAUUUGUAGAUUUUGCAAAGCGUGAAAUUGCCGAUGCAUGUCACAUGACCCUGGAUGAGAUGGAGACGGCCGCGACUGACUUGUUAAAUCGAAGCACAACAGGGCUGCCAGCUGGACGUUUUGAGGAAGACCUGUCUGAUGAGAUGAACUGUGUGAUUUCCUACUAAGGGUUUUCAGUUUUGGAGAGUAAAAGAGAACACUGACAAAAUGAGGUCGGGGGCAUAUUGAACACUAAUGGAGCUGGAUUCAUUUACCACAGGAGGUUCUAUAGUUUCACUGGUCAUGAAUAUGACUAUGGCUGAUUUAUGACAUGUGACAAGUGUCUUUGUGAAAAACUGAUCGGAGAGUGUUUAUUUCUUCAAAUUCCCAGCAUCAGCCUGGAUGGAACGGUCCAAGACAUGCUCAUUAACAGUAACAGUAACAACACGGUGCACUCCAUGAAAAAGGCAUUUGAUGGAAGGAACUCUAGGUUUAGCCAGUUACUGAAGAGUGUUCACUUACAGAUUUAAACUUCGGACAUUACAGUACCUGUUCUAGUUAAACCAGUCAAGCUCAAAUCAGGUCUAUAGAGAAUAAAGGCAGAGAAGGCAAGAAAGCUGGCUAAAUGGAUUGUUCAUGCAGUUUUUGCUGAUUAACUCCAGUGUUUCGGCUUGUUCUUGUUCUAAACUUCGACUCAUAGCCCCUGUCAUGUCUCCAUUUGGAUUGGAUGUGAAUUUAGAUUUGAACUGGUAAAAAAAGUAUGAGUGCACACUUAGGAAAACCUAUGGGUGCAAAUAAUUACAAAGAAGAGGCCACUGGUCAAUAAAACCAUACAAUACAGCUUCUUAACAGAUGUUUUCAGAUUUAAAAAAGUUUUCUGCAUAGGCUGACCACUGCUUUAUCUGGGUAAAGUGAAGUUGUAAGCAAAUGUUAUUAUAAGCAGAUAUUAUGUGCUGUGUAAGGUUUCCCAAAUGCAGUGUUGCACUUUUUGUCAGACUUCAUCUAUUUAUAUAAUCUGUUUUAUCAGUUUAUUCCCAAAGGCCCAUGUUUCGUGCAUUUACAAUUUAGUAUUCUUGCAACUGCUCUUUUUAAACAGUGCUAGUUGUCACGCUUUCAAAAGCAAACAUACUCCCGUAUAACAAUCUAUCAGUACAUGUUCAUAUCAGUUAUAUUCACCCACAAAACAAAAAAAUGUAAUAUUGCAUCAGAAAUCAGUGCCCAGAUAAAGAAUAUUAACAUUAAUUCAGGACUUCAGAAUAUAAAUAUCUUUUUUGUACAUAUUUAUUCUGGCACAAAAUGUAAAAAUAGCAUUAGCUCUGUUCGUGUGACUGCUGAUACUCCAGUGUAUUGUGUAAUAAACUGUACAUUUUUUCUG